GCACAACAUCGACAUCCUUUAGUUUGUCAAGAAGCGCAUGACACAAGCCACUUAUUUGCCAUUCUUGGUGUUUCUCCUGAAGUUAAACAAAGGCAAGAUGGCCGCGAAGGAUCCAGGGGACGUAAUUGUCAUCUACAACAACCCGUCUUUUCAAAUUGUGCUGACCCUCACCUUGCUCCUUGCCGUCCUGGUGAUGCUGUUGAUUUUCAUGUACAAGAAGUUGAACAAGGAUACCAAUGGACAGUACACCAUCCGCCGCAUGAUCUAUAAGGAGGGUGGGGUCCGGGACCGGAUGAGGAGUGCAGCCAUGGCCCUGGAGUCCUUCUUAGGAAUCCAGCUGUGGCCCUGCAGCAGAAUGAGGGAGGAGGCCGGCGAAGAGAUGUGCGAAGUCGGACACGGGGCGGGGGACGUGGAGAUGGGCAACCAGUUGAGUGAAAGUGAGGCAGAAGAGGAAGGGGAGGAAAAGAAGGAGGAAGGUGAUGAGAGGAGGGUAGAAAACAGCUCUUCGGAUGACUACUCCAGUAUGGAGGGCUGCGACCUGAAGGAAAGAGCCAAACUCAAGGAUCAGUGGGAGGAGGAGGACAGGGCAGAAGGGCAUGUGGUGAGAAAGCAAACAGCAGAGAAAAGGAAUGAACACAGUGAGAGCAGUGAGGAUGACAAAUGUAAUCAGGUGGAAAAAGUACGUUGUGAGUCCGGUUUGUUGAUAGACCUGCACCAGUUUUCAGGAAGCGCCAUCUGGUCUGACGAAAGUAAAAAUGAAGAUAAGGGCAACAAAGUGACUGUGCUGUGAAGGGAUCAGGAGGCCACAGAGGACAAGGGAGGUCCACGGGGCUUCACAGAGUGGACUUGAUUCUCCAUAUUGUGAUUCUUCUGAUUGUUUUAAUACCUUUAAUGGUAUGAAGUGAAGACUUUACAGGCACGUAAAUCUGCAAGAGUGGUUUGAGUCAUGCACAACGUGUACCCACAAGAAGUGCAUCUUGCUUGCAAAACUGCACGCACUGUUUGUUGCACAAUGCAAAGGUGCGUUUGUGACCAAAGGGAUUUAAUGCAUUUGUUGCUAAUUCUGUUUACUUUCAGCAUCUUAUUUUCUGUCGAUCCAAUUUUUUGUUUUCAUUUUUCAAUGCGUUUAUCAGCUGACUUCUUUGCUAAAUGUUAGGUGAAUGUAUUUUAGUACACCUUAGCAGGUUGGAGCCAGGUUGCAUUUUGUCAAGUAAUCUGUAACGAUGUGACCCAAGUGAAAAAUAAAAACUGACUUUGGCCUACUGCGCUCAAAAGGCCUCUCGUCAAAUGGGCAAUAAGCUCGCGUUAUAUGGCGUCGAUGACAACCUACACAGCAGAUGAAACGCCCGCGAGCCUGUGCCUAUGUGGUUAUGAAGCAUCUUGUACCGCGGGCCGUCCAACGGGGAUGUAGCUCAGUGGUAGAGCGCAUGCUUCGCAUGUAUGAGGUCCCGGGUUCAAUCCCCGGCAUCUCCACCAGUUUUGGUUUGCCGAUUUUUUUUUUUAAAUGUAUCUUCGUUUUAUUUAGAGGCUCUCGUUAACUUCGGUAUGUAAUACGUUUUAUCAUUUCCAACCCGUUAAAAAAAACAUUGAGAAAAAAAGUCCAACCAGUAUUUCGGUAAAUCCCGCCCCCUGCUAUGAUACAGUCCACCGAUUGGACAGUUAAGAGAGGUCCGUUAUCUCCCCCAAAAGAGGGUAGUAUUAAUUUUUGAGGUCACCCCAAAGUGACUAAAUUUAGAUAUAUUUUUUCUCAGGGGUUAAGGCAAUGAGAAGAAACCGGUGGAGACAUCAGGAACACGUCUUGUCGAAGUACGGGUGGUUUUAUUUGGGUCACAAGUGGCCAAAUUAUCAUCCUC